UCUCAACGAUUACAACCAGCCAGUCAGCGAAGCACUAUGAUGUACGCUAUCAUUCCGGUAGCAGUGUUCCUGCUCUUGGUAGGAGCAUUGCUCAUCCUUCAAGCUCUCUACCCAAGACUCUACAGUGAUGUAGUCUUCAUCCUCGAUAAAGCUCGGAUGGCUAGGCAUCUCAAAGCCUGCUCCAGGCAGGAAAUCCCCACCACGAUCGUAGACGACUUCGAGGGUCGCGCCCGCGACACUCCGGACAAGACCUUCCUGGUGUACCGGGACGUCAGCUUCACCUACGGGGAAGUCAACCGGCGAGCGAACCGCCUGGCACGCGCUGCGCACCACUGCGGAGUCAAGCAGGGGGACACGGUGGCGCUGUUGAUUCACAACGAGCCGGCAUUUAUCUGGACCCUACUCGCCUUCGCUAAACUGGGAGUGACUUGUGCUCUCCUCAACUACAACCUGAAAUCAUCCAGCUUGCUUCACUGCUUUCAAGCAAGCCAAGCCAAGCUACUCAUCUUUGGACCAGGCGAUGAUCUGUUGAAAGCAGUGAUCGACAUAAAGGAAGACCUACAAGGUGGGAAGGUUCGUAUCUGGUCUCUGGAGGAGCCGACCGAACGACUGCAAGGAGUCCAGUCUGUCGAGGAGAUAUUGGCAAACAACGCCGGACUCCCUCAAUACAACAUAGAGACUGACUUCUCCCGGGAAAUACGUAGAGGGCAGCAUUUCAGGGACCCGUUCGUCUACAUCUACACCUCUGGAACAACAGGUCUCCCCAAAGCAAGCAGAAUGUCCCAUUAUAAAAUGAUGGCCGGCGGACAUCUGCUCAAUUGCGUCCAUAUGACGUCAGAUGACGUUCUGUACGUCACGCUCCCUCUCUACCACAUAUCGGCGCUCCUUUUUGGACUAGGGACUGUGAUCAGAAACGGGGCAACGAUGGUUCUCAGGUCCAAGUUUUCCGCAACCAACUUCUGGACUGACUGUUGCAAGCAUGACGUCACCAUCAUCAUGUACAUCGGGGAGCUGUUCAGAUACCUGCUUGCGAGACCCAAGACACCGGAAGAGAAACUGAACAAAGUCCGAGUAGCUGUUGGUAACGGCCUGGGCGGUGACAUCUGGGGUGAGGUCAUGCAGAGAUUUAACAUCGCCAGGAUCCUGGAGACUUACGGCGCGACUGAAGCUAACUUUGGCAUCAUGAAUGUAGACAAUAAGAUUGGAUCAGUCGGCUGCUGGCCGCCAAUGCUGAGGAUAUUCUGUCCUAUCGAGUUGAUCAAGUACGACUAUGAGUCUGCUCAGCCUAUUCGGGAUGUAAACGGAAGAUGCAUUAAGGUUCCCCCAGGCGAUAUCGGUCUACUGUUGUGUCCAGUCAACAAGACGUUUCCCUUAGAGGGAUACGUCGGCAAGGAAGAUCUGAUGCAGAGGAAACUGGUCCACAACGUCUUGAGAGAAGGAGACGUUUACUUCAACACCGGAGACCUGUUCGUGCAGGAUGAGCAUUACAAUCUGUACUUCAAAGACAGACUGGGCGACACAUUCAGAUGGAAGGGGGAGAACGUAGCAACGACAGAAGUUGCCCAGGUAUUACAACAACAGGAGGGCGUAUUCGAGGCCAAUGUCUACGGCGUCAGUGUACCAGGUCAUUGCGGCAAAGCUGGCAUGGCCGCCCUCUUGCUGAACACCAACACGACCUUUGACCCCGAGGCCACCUUCAACUUCGUGAGGUCACGCCUCCCCGACUACGCAUGUCCGCGGUUCCUGCGUCUUCCCUGCACACUGGAGCACACAAGCACGUUCAAGCAGACGAAAUUCAAGCUCGUUCAAGAAUCCUUCGACCCGAAACUGGUCAAAGAUCCACUGUUUUUCUUCGACACGACAAGGAAGCAAUACACAAUACUGGACGGGCCAGCCUAUCUGAAAAUUACAAGUGGGGAGGUCAGAAUAUAAAAAGGACAAUGAGCUGAUAGUUGCGACGAAGUCAGUAAAAACAUUAACAUCCCCGCCGGGAUUCGAACCAGAACCUUUGAAUUAGAAGUCCAACGCGCUAAUCCGUUGCGCCACGGGGAUUCAUGGGAAAAUGUAACAUUUAUUUACACAAAGGCCUUGUUGUUAUCAAUUGUUGGAAGAAAAAUUUCCUGCAGAUAUCAGGAACAAAAGAAAUAAAAUUCACAUCCCCGCCGGGAUUCGAACCCGGAACCUUUGAAUUAGAAGUCCAACGCGCUAAUCCGUUGCGCCACGGGGAUUCAUUGGCAAUUGUUAUUAGUUCUUGGAGGCAAAAUUCCUGCAGAUAUCAGGAACAAAAGAAAAAAAAAUUGACAUCCCCGACGGGAUUCGAACCUGGAACCUUUGAAUUAGAAGUCCAACGCGCUAAUCUGUUGCGCCACGGGGAUUCAAGAAUAAAUGUAACAUUUAUUUACACAAGCCUUGUUGUUAUCAGUU